GGCACAAUGACGUCCCCCUUCGGCGGUGUAACCUGUUUCUGGCUUUCACUGAUCUGGCUUCAGCUAACCCUCAUUAAUGCCGGUCUGGAGUUCCUCAGGGAGUUCGUACCCCUAAACCUUGUAAGACUGCGGCAAAUCGAAGAGGAGGAGCGAGAAUUUGAGGGCGAGUGCACUCUGGGAGCCAUCAGCAUUCGCAUGUUCGCCUUCUGAGUGCUGCUUUGGUGGAUUCAAAUAGUAAUCUUUGGGAAUUAUGUACAUAAUACGAUUUAUAAUCAAAGUGAUUAUUAUUACAGAUUAUGUCUAAUGUAAUAAAUUAGCCGUUAGUUAUAUACAACAAAAAUGUACUGAUUAAAUAUAGU